AUGGAACAACCAGGACAAUUCACAAUCAGGGUCCCCCCACCUUCACAAGCAGUGAUCCCGGCUCCUGCUCACCACACUCCCCCACCUGCUGCACGCCCUUCACCCCCUCUUCCCCCUCCACAGGUGCAAGCCACAUCCCAGGAGUCAAGGAGGCCUCCCUGGGAUGAGGGAGACCAUCCCUCUCCUUCCAGGGAGGUUUUGGAUGCCGUGGCAAGGCUGCCAUUGCCAUUGCCAUCCCCCAGCCCCCUUCCAAUUUGUACCCAGGAGGCUGUUGACACCCCCCUGGACAUCACGCUCCCUCGCUCCAACACUCCCUUUGACUUCUCGUGCCCACCUUUCCGUCCCACCCCAAUUUCUCCUGCCGGCUCUCACAACCCAUUCAGGUGGGAAGAAAUGCCUUUGGACAAUCCCGGAACCCCUUGUCUGUCCCCAGAGCCUCCUCCUUACUGGCCUUUUGAGGCCCAACAAGGGGAUUUGCCUCAGCCACUGAGGCCUCAUACACCCCCAGGAGGUGAGGUUCCUAUUGCUGUCACUCCUCAAAGUGAUGGCCGCAACCUCAUAGACUUCAGUUUUACAUCCCUGGUUCCCAGCCACGUACAAUAG